AUGUCAGGAAAGCCUGCUCGACUCCAAGUCGAUCCGGAUUCUAUUCCUGAUGACGAUAGACCUCCGCAAUCCGGACACACCUUUAACAUCUGGUACUUGAAAUGGGCAGGAGGUGAUUCGUCAACUAAGAAUUAUGUCAGACUGAAGUUCAGACUAGAUGUCAAGCGUGAUUCUGGCUACACCAAGGGCGUAGAGCACCAGAGUCCCAUCUGUCUCUUUUUCGCCCGUGGAUGUUGCUACAGAGGCAAGAAAUGUCCGUAUCUCCACCGUCUCCCCAGCGACAGAGACCAGAGAAUCCCAACACAAGACUGUUUUGGAAGAGACAAGACUGCCGACUACAGAGACGAUAUGGGCGGUGUAGGGCUGUUGGCUAGACCCAAUAGAACAUUAUAUGUGAGUGGAAUACACAUGAACGACCACAUUGAGGAGAUUUUGUCGUCCAAUUUUCUGGAGUUUGGCUCCAUUGAUAAGAUCAAGGUUCUUCACGGAAAAGGCUGUGCAUUUGUCAGCUACCGCUUGGAGGCCGAAGCACAGUUUGCUAAGGAGGCCAUGGAUGCACAGGGUCUAGGCGAAAAUGAUGUGUUGAGCGUGAAAUGGGCCAACGAAGAUCCUAAUCCCAAUGCUCAAGAAGAUGCGAAGAGGAUUUUGGAGGAGGCAGCCAUGGAGACGGUGAAGAGUUUGCUUGGGAAUAAAAAAAUGAAGCCGGAUUCUCUGAGAGACAAAGAUCUAGGUCUGAAGGGUAUGAAGGGCUUGAAGGGUCUGAGUGUUAAGGGCCCUAAAGAUCUGACUUCUCUGAACCUGGAAUACCUAGAUCUGGAAACUGUGCAUCUCUCUAACAUCUCCCACCCCGAAUCCAUCGAAAUUCUAGACGCAUCCAGACUCGCAGCAUUGAAAAAGAUCAGAAUUCCAAAACCACUUCCGGUGUUCACGACAAUCCAGAAGCCUAUUCUUGCAGAGUACGCCAGCGAUGACGACUAA